AUGGUCUUACAGGACAGCGUGGAUGCUGGGGACACCAGGGUGGGUGUGCAGCUGGAGCCAUUUCUGCACCAGGUCGGGGGGCACAUGAGCUUGAUGAAGUAUGAUGAGCACACAGUAUGCAAGCCCCUCAUCUCCCGGGAGCAGAGGUUCUACGAAUCCCUGCCGCUGGCCAUGAAGUGCUUCACCCCACAGUACAAGGGUACCAUCACAGUCCACCUCCAGAGAGACAACAGGGGCCACCUCAGCCUGGUGGCCCUCCCUCUGAAGGAGAACCAGGAGUCCUUCAAGGUCACCCAGGAGUCCUUCAAGGUCUCCCCGGAGUCAGCAGCAGUGGCCAUCUGGCAGACGCUUCAGCAGACCACCAGCAGUGGCAGUGCCCGACCCCUGGCCCAGCUGAGACAGUCCUUCAAAGAGAGCCCAACCAAUGCGCUCCUGAGGUCCGAGUUCCACCUCAACGCCCAAGUCUCCUCCAUGGUGGAAGACCCGAAGGGGAACCAGGUGGAGAAGAGAAGGAACGUUAACCCAUGGGCCCUGCACUGCCAUGAGGCCCACCUGACCCGCCUGUGCUCUGAAUACCCGGAGGACAAGAGGCACCGGUUCUUGUUACUGGAAAAUGUGGUGUCACAGUACACACAUCCCUGCAUCCUGGACCUGAAGAUGGGAACCCGGCAGCAUGGGGAUGAUGUGUCAGAGGAGAAGAAGGCCCGCCACAUGAGGAAGUGUGCGCAGAGCACCUCAGCCUGCCUGGGAGUGCGCAUCUGCGGCAUGCAGGUUUAUCAAACUGAUAAGAAGCACUUUCUCUGCAAAGACAAGUACUAUGGGAGGAAACUCUCCGUGGAUGGGUUCAGACAAGCCCUCCAUCAGUUCCUGCAUGAUGGGACCCGUCUUCGCAGAGAGCUCCUGGAGCCCAUCCUGCGAAGGCUCCGGGCACUCCUCUCGGUCAUCCAGAGCCAGAUCUCCUACCGCUUCUACUCCAGCUCCCUCCUCCUCAUCUAUGAUGGGCAGGAACCACUGGAAAGAACCAGGGACCACAUGCAUCCCCAGGAAGCCUUGCAGCUGGCUGAUGGAAGUGCUUCUGAAGGUCUGGCCAAAGUUGAUAUCCGGAUGAUCGACUUUGCUCACACAACCUACAAGGGCUCCUGGAAAGAGCACACCACCUAUGACGGACCAGAUACUGGUUUUAUUUUUGGCCUGGAAAACCUUAUUGGAAUCCUACAGGCGAUCCAAGGAGACUGA